AUGCCAAACCAAUUCUUACAUACAGACCAAGAACAACGUUCUUCAAUGGUAUACUCUACAAGUAUGGGGAAAGCAGGUCUAUUCAUUCCAGCUGACUAUAUCAGUUCUGAUAAAAAUGAUACUAUUGUCGAUGAAACGGAAGAUGAUGAAGGAACUUCUUCAUCAGGUGAUAAUUUGCACAAUAUUAAUAACCAUAGCAACAGUAAUGAUCAAAUGGCUACGGACCCAGUACGAUUGACGAAGAAUACUGGAGAGAUGGAAUUUUUAUUAGGAGAUGAAGAUGAAGAUAGCAGUAAUAGAUUUAUGCAUUACCAAUCAAUUAAUGAUGCACAAGAAACCCAUAAUAGGAAUUCUGUUGUCGAACAAUCUAGACAUCGUAGUAGAACUGCAUCUAUGUGUAAGAGUCUCAUCGAUGAAGAACGUGAUUUAUUGAUAGAUAACAAAUUGUUAAGUAAUACUACGGGACAACGUUCUAGAGGUAAUAGUAUAGUGGAAAGUAUGUAUGGGAAUAUUGAACCAGUUGAUGCAGAAGUUGCUAGUGAGAUUAUGACUACUUGGAAUGAUGCUAUAGAUUCAGGAAAACCAAUCCAAAGUUCUUUUAAGAGAGAAACUCAAGUCAUAGCAUUCAAUGCGUUACCCCUUAUUUUCACAUUCAUAUUACAGAAUUCAUUGUCUUUAGCAUCAAUAUUUUCUGUAUCUCAUUUGGGUACUAAAGAACUAGGUGGUGUUACCUUAGGUUCUAUGACAGCUAAUAUUACUGGUUUAGCGGCCAUCCAGGGUCUUUGUACAUGUUUGGAUACAUUAUGUGCACAAGCUUACGGUGCUAAAAACUAUCAUUUGGUAGGUGUGCUUAUUCAAAGAUGUGCUACUAUUACUAUUCUAGCUUUUUUGCCAAUCAUGUAUAUUUGGUGGAGUUGGUCGGAGACAAUAUUGUCAUGGAUGAUUCCAGAAAGAGAAUUAUGUGUGCUUGCCGCUAAAUAUUUAAGAAUCACUGCCUUAGGGGUGCCAGGUUUUAUAUUAUUUGAAUGUGGUAAAAGAUUCUUGCAAUGUCAAGGUAUAUUCCAUGCAUCAACUAUUAUCCUGUUUGUAUGUGCACCAUUGAACGCUCUAAUGAAUUAUAUCUUUGUUUGGAAUAAAACAAUCGGUAUUGGCUAUUUGGGUGCUCCUUUAUCUGUGGCUAUAAAUUAUUGGUUGAUGGCAAUUGGAUUAAUGCUUUAUACGAUAUUUACUAAACAUGAAAGCAAUCCAAUGAAAUGUUGGAAUGGGAUUAUAAAGAAAAGACAAAUAUUUAAGAAUUGGAGAAAAAUGUUUGGACUAGCUUUACCAGGUAUUAUUAUGGUUGAAGCCGAAUUUUUGGGUUUUGAAAUAUUGACUAUUUUUGCAUCACAUAUCAGUACUAAUGCCUUAGCGGCGCAAUCAAUUGUCUCUACAGUUGCGUCGUUGGCCUACCAAGUACCUUUCUCUAUAUCUGUUUCAACCAGUACAAGAGUAGCAAACUUGAUUGGUGCCUCUUUAUACAAGAGUUGCAUUAUUACUUGUAAAGUAUCUUUGUUGUUAUCAUUUGUCUGUUCAUCUUUCAAUAUGAUGAUUAUCGUCACAUUCAGAGACCAAAUCGCAAAAUUAUUUUCUACAGAAACAGCUGUGGUCAAUCUGGUGAUUUCAACUUUACCAACAUUGGCAUUCAUGCAAUUAUUUGAUGCCUUCAACGCAUCCACAGCAGGUUGUUUACGUGGUCAAGGUAGACAAAAAAUUGGUGGUUACAUUAAUCUAUUUGCUUUCUAUUGUAUUGGUAUCCCAAUGUCAUACAUGUUAACUUUUAGUUUCAAUAUGGGUGUUGGUGGUCUAUGGUUCGGUAUUACUUGUGCAUUGAUAAUGAUGAGUAUCUGUCAAGGUUAUGCUGUAUUCCAUGGUGAUUGGAGUCAAAUUCUUCAGGCUGCAAGAUUGAGAAAUUCAGAAGGUGCUAGAGUUAGUUGA